CAGGCUCUGAAAGGGAUUUCCGAGGUAAAAGCAGCUGAAUCCUUGAUAUUUUUCCUCCGGUCGCUGCAGGACUCGAAGCUUCACUUCAGUUUGCAUUGAACUCCCCGAGGUGGCUUUGAUUCUUCUUCUCUCUGUUUUCUCAGGUCUUCAUGAUGCUCCACCGUUGGUGUCUUACGAUCGGAGCUCUACUCUCAUUGGCCACACCCCUGCUGGUCGCCAUGGAGUCCUGCCCGGCAACAGGGAUGCCUGGGAUGCCAGGUAUUCCUGGGCUUCCUGGCAGAGACGGUCGUGACGGAGAGAAAGGACAGAAAGGACAGCCAGGAGCAGCGUUGCACGGCGGCCUUGGCCCUCAGAAGGGAGAGAAGGGGGAGCCCGGAGGGACGGGGUUUCCUGGAAAGCGAGGACAGAGCGGGGAACCGGGAGAACCCGGGAGACCAGGAAUGUCUGGACCUCCUGGGGAACCGGGAGAACCAGGGGUUGUCGGAGUCCAGCAGCAGGCAGCCUUCAGUGUCGCCAGAGGAACCAACGAAUAUCCUGAGAAAGCCAGCAUCAUCCGGUUCACCAAAGUCAUCACCAACAUCAACGAUGACUACAACACCGGGACAGGACGCUUCAGGUGUCGGGUCCCGGGGACGUACUACUUUGUGUACCACGCCUCUUUAGAGGACAAACUGUGUGUGCUGAUGAAGAUGGACCAAACCCUGCUGGCGUCGUUCUGCGAUCAUCGCCGCGUCAGGAGACAGGUGACCUCAGGCAGCUUGGCGGUCUACUUGUCCAGGGACCAGGAGGUUUGGCUGGAGACUAAGGACUACAGAGGGAUGAGAGGAAAACCGGCCGGUUACAGCAUCUUCUCCGGCUUCCUGCUGCACCCUCACUGAUCUAAUGGGCGGGGGGAAAAUAACAUAAAAUUGCCCGUUUUCCUCACUUUUACGAAACAGUUUUACAUCAAAAACGCUCACCUUAAAAACAUUUGAUGCAAUGAUUUGAUCUUCUCUGAGCAGACCAUUUGAACUGGAAAACCAAAGAAACACAAAUAAACAGCUGAAAAAAAACAC